AUACAAAUUUGGAUUGGAUUUCUAUCCACAAACUAUGUGGACAAGGAAAGAAAAUACGGGCUUGAUUCUAGAUUUCAGAAGACAAAAGUUAAGUAAUAGCUAUGCACUCUGCUGCAAAAUGCCUACUGAAUUCCCCUGCAACACCUCCAAACCAGCAAAUUCAUGCAUUGCCUACCACAUCCCCUCCAUGCAUCCCCAAGAAUUUGCCAAAACUAUCACGUAGAGAGCUCGCAAUCUGCACGAAAUCAUCGAUUCUACUGGUGCUAGGUUCUCAAGCACAGCAACAAUUUCUAUUGCCAAGGGCUAGAGCAGAAGAAGAAAAUGCCUCAGCCAAUGAAACAAAUAUUGCCUUACCUGAAGCAGAGAGCUCAAACAGUCUUACAAAUUUACAAGAAAUUCCUACUACAACCGAAUCAAGCGUUCCAACAGCUAUCGAAGAAAAUUCUACUACAACUGAAUCAAAUGCUGCAUUACAAGAGACAGACAGUGCUACAACAACUGUAGAAGAGAAUCAAGAAAAUGCUACGACACAGGAAUCAGAAAGCGCGGAAAAUACCUUCACUAGUGAUGGCUGCAGUGAUCAGAGAAUAAAAAAGCGAGCAUUUUUUGAUGUGUCAGUUAGUGGAGAGCCUAUUGGAAGAAUCAUCAUUGGACUAUACGAUAACAAUGCCCCGAUAACCACUAGCAGAUUUAGUAAGGUCAUUAGUGGUGCUGCUGGUAUAAGUUAUAGGAGAAAAGAGUUUGUCAAAAUUCUACCAAAUUACGUGCAACAUGGGGGAAUCAGAUCAUAUGGUGUAGAUGCUGAACUGGCACAGAAGACGGGCAGUAGUUUGUCGAAUGACAGGCUCAUUGCUGAGCUAGAGAAGGCGAAUGAGAGGUGCCCCGGAACCAAGAAUGUGGCUAAAAGUGUCAGCAUUAUAGUGAAAGAUCCGCUGAAGCCACCUCCGAAAGUUAAGCUGGUUGCACGAAAUGGUAAACUAGAGGUUGAUGAGGAAGAGGUGGGGAAGGAUCCGAAUGGGACGGAGUUUGUCAUUUGCACCAAGGAUUCACCGGAGCUGGAUGCGUCUAAUCUUGUGGUGGGAAGAGUAUUGGAAGGCAUGGAAGUUGUGGAAAAGAUUGGACAAGUCAAGACAGUGCAAGAGAACACCACUUCUCCUUAUUUCAGGACAGCAAAGUUAAUCGGAGAUAAAAGAGCUGUUGUUGCAGAGAGGGGGUUCAAUCGUCCAUACUCCAAAGUGAUUGUCACUAAUUGUGGCUUGAUGGAAUGAAAAUGCUGCUCAAAUUCUUGAUUUCUUCAUGUUUUCAGAGCUGAAAUAGAAUUACGAUAACGAGUAGUUAUGGACUUAUUUUUGUUUGUAGAAUCAACAUUCUCUCAGCCAAUGCAGGGUUUUUUGGGACCAAACGUUUGGUUAUUCUCUUGUGAGUUUACACAAUGCUUUGUAAAACUUUGUUUUCAAGAACUUGAUCCAUGUAUUAGUAGCAGUAAGCUGCUGCGCAAGUAUAUUAUUUCAAUUUUAAGUACCAUCUUCGCUCC